GCCAUGAAGCGUUUCAUAAGAAGCAUCACCAGUUGGAAAAGUGACACGAAAGUUAUGACGAACACGUAGUUAUGUGAUAAAAACAACUAAAUACUUGUAGGCCUAUCAGAAACGAGCACGAAAAGGAAAAGCCAUGACACAGGCGACAGUUGACGUUCUCUUCACCAUAUUUUAUGUGUUUUUCUCAUUCUGUUUGAUGUCUCCUCCAACCGAAUUUGUGUCCGCAGGAAUCACUAUCCAAAAUGUGCUGUCAAAUUACCUCGGUAGUGAAGACAUGCAUUUUAUAUAUUAUCACAUCAAACGAACCACGUUUACAGUAGUGGUCCACUCAUUCCUUCCUCUGGGCUACUAUGUUGGAUCAGGAUUAUUUUCCCCAGAAAAAGACCUGUUCAACCUUUGGAGUUUAUCAUUCUUUUGGAGGAUGUAUCUUGGUCUCAGUAUUAGUGUUAUUCUGCUGGUGUCAUUGGUGGCAUUUAACUGGUCCCUACAGAAAUGGAAUAAUCAUCCGAUAUCAAAACAGCUUGGUCACUUACAGAGAAGUGGAGAAUCGUGGAGAACAGUGGCAUCGUCUAUAAAUAUUGAGUUCCGUCGUUUUGAUAAAUUCACAACAGGACCCCACGGUCAACGAGUCAUAGUUACAGACUCUUGGGUGAUAAAAACUGGAGCUUACUUCCUUAAUAUUGCUCAUCAAAAUGACAUCCAUCUGACAAUUUCAAAUUCAGAAGAACAUUCACUUUCAUAUGAAAAUAUGUCUUCUGUACAAUUCAUAAACUUUUCUGUAUCAAGUGUAAAUCCAAAAGUUAAGCCUUUCACCAUAAGGUUAAACUCCCUUGAGUACCGUGAUUUGAAGGACAAGUUACAGGCCCCAGUGCGGAAUGCAAGGGAUGUUGUUAUACAGCAAUCUCUAAGUGACAAGUUCCUGGAUGCCUUUAAACAACAGAUCACAGACAAUGUAGACUUCCAUCCACCUCCUACAUUGGAGAUAGAAACCUGCAUUGGGUGUAUGCAGAAGCAAGCCGAUGUAAAACUAGUAAAACUUUGUGACAAUCCUACACAGGGAGACUGUGUCCAGUGUUUCUGCCGCCCGAUGUGGUGCCUCGAGUGCCUCGGGAAGUGGUUCGCCAGUCGACAGGACCAACAACACCCAGAGACCUGGAUGGGCAGCAAGUCGCCCUGUCCGACAUGUCGAGCUACAUUCUGUGUCCUAGAUGUUUGUAGGAUUGUGAGCACAUGAAAUGAUGUUACAUUCCAUACGCAAACAUUUCCGGUUUCAUCCUCCAUUUUGAUGAAAAGAUUUUAACAUCAUCAUGCUUUAGUUUCAUAAUUGGUUAAGAAUUAAUAAUACUCCUUAAAAAUCCAUUCUAAUGAAAAUUUGAUGUUCAAUUUAAUGCUGUAUAGAGUUCAUACAGGGUUAAAUUGAACAUCAAAUUUUAUUUAGAUUUUAUUAAGUUGUCAAUAACAAUAUCACUUACACAUAGUAAGUUUUGGAGAUUUUGAGCUGUUGUUGUUGAAUAUGAUGACAUUUUGACUAAAUGUGAACACUUCCGAAACAGAUAUGGACCAAAUAACAUAAGAUUUAUCAUGUCGUUAAGUUAAUUAAUGCUUUGAAUUUCUUUAAUCAGUAAUAUGAGUUUGGUACCUAAACUUGUAGUUUUAAUGUCGACAAAAUGAAAGGGGAAGACUUUUCAUCUAAAAAGAUUUUGAAAUUGCAUUAUGAACAUUGAUAUCUACAUUACUAUUGACAAAAUAACAUGUAUUUAAAGAGAAGGCUUUAAAUGAGUGGAGAAAAUCAUGGGUGAUUUUACCAUAUUCAACAGUCGUUUUAUGUACUAGGCAGACUGUGUCUUCAUUUUUAACUAACAAGAUAUGCAUUUAAAAUAAUAUUUUAUUGGAAUUUGAAGUAUUUAUUUGGUUUUAAUAAAUAGUUUUGCUGUAACAUAAA